AUGUUUCGUUUCUACUCAACCUUUGCAAAACCUUCUCAUUCUGAUCACUAUUUUAGACUUGUCUCUUUGAUUGAUUCAUGCAAAUCAACGCAGCAUAUCAAGCAGACCCAUGCCCAGUUAAUCACCACAGCUCUAAUCUCACACCAUGUUUCAGCCAACAAGCUCCUCAAGCUAGCUGCUUUUGCUUCUCUUACUUAUGCCCACAAACUGUUUGAUCAAAUUCCUCAACCGGACUUGUUCAUUUACAACACCAUGAUCAAAGCGCAUUCUUUGUCACCUGAUUCUUGCAGCAAUUCCCUUGUGGUGUUCCGCUCAUUGACCCGGGAUUCAGGUCUUUUUCCAAAUCGAUAUAGCUUUGUGUUUGCUUUUAGUGCUUGUGGCAAUGGGUUGGGUGUGCAGGGAGGGGAGCAGGUUCGCGUUCAUGCCGUGAAAGGUGGUUUGGAGAACAAUGUGUUUGUUGUGAAUGCCUUAAUUGGUAUGUAUGGGAAGUUGGGACUUGUGGAGGAGGGCUGGAAGGUCUUUGAAUGGGCUGUGGAUAGAGACUUGUAUUCUUGGAACAGCAUGAUGGCUGCUUACAUUGGAUCAGGUAACAUGAAUCGGGCUAAGGAAUUGUUUGAUGGAAUGCAAGAACGAGAUGUUGUGUCGUGGAGUACUGUAAUAGCUGGUUAUGUUAAGGUUGGCUGUUUCAUGGAGGCUUUGGAUAUGUUCCACAAAAUGUUGCAAGUUGGUCCCAAGCCAAAUGAAUAUACCCUUGUAAGUGCUCUUACUGCUUGUUCAAAUCUAGUAGCAUUGGAUCAAGGAAAAUGGAUCCAUGCUUACAUAGGCAGGGGCAAGAUUAAGAUGAAUGAGCGGCUUCUUGCUAGCAUCAUUGACAUGUAUGCAAAGUGUGGUGAGAUAGAAUCUGCAUCAAGAGUUUUCUGCGAACACAAUGUAAAGCGAAAAGUUUGGCCUUGGAAUGCCAUGAUUGGUGGGUUUGCAAUGCAUGGAAAACCCAAUGAGGCUAUAAAUGUCUUUGAACAAAUGAAGGUUGAAAAAGUUUCUCCUAAUAAAGUCACAUUCAUUUCCUUAUUGAAUGCUUGUAGUCAUGGCUAUAUGAUCGAGGAGGGAAAAUUAUAUUUCAGAUUGAUGGUUAGUGAUUAUGGAAUUAGUCCAGAAAUAGAGCAUUAUGGAUGCAUGGUAGAUCUACUUAGUCGAUCCGGGCUCUUGAAAGAGGCUGAAGACAUGAUUUCAAGUAUGCAUGUGGCUCCAGAUGUUGCAAUUUGGGGAGCACUGCUAAAUGCUUGUAGAAUCUAUAAAGAUAUGGAGCGGGCAUAUAGAAUAGGCAAGAUAAUUAAAGAAAUGGAUCCUAACCAUAUAGGCUGUCAUGUUCUGUUGGGUAAUAUUUAUUCUACAUCUGGGAGAUGGAAUGAAGCAAGAAUGCUGAGAGAAAAGAAUGAAAUGAGUAGUGAUAGAAAAAAGAUUCCUGGUUGCAGCUCAAUUGAAUUGAAGGGGACAUUCCAUCAAUUCCUUGUUGGAGAUCAAUCCCAUCCUCAAAGUAGGGAGAUAUAUUCAUUUUUGGAUGAGAUGACAAUCAAAUUGAAGAUUGCGGGGUACGUUCCGGAAUUAGGAGAAAUUUUGCUUGAUAUUGAUGAUGAAGAAGAUAAAGAGACUGCUCUGUCUGUACACAGUGAGAAGUUGGCUAUUGCUUUUGGAUUGAUGAACACAGCACCUGGAACACCUAUUCGCAUUGUAAAGAAUUUAAGAGUUUGUGGGGAUUGUCAUCAAGCAACGAAAUUCAUUUCCAAGGUGUACGAUCGAGUUAUUAUCGUUAGAGACCGGACAAGAUAUCACCACUUCAAAGAUGGAAUGUGUUCUUGCAAAGACUACUGGUAGAUAAGGAAAGUGCAACGUAUCUCAAAUAAAUCUCAACAAUGUAGCAUUUUUUGUAAUGAUCGUGAACUGUUUCAUAUACUGAGUUGUUGAGACAAAGGUAUGUAUUUGAUGAUAGGUUUUAGCUGGAGCAAAAGAAAGGUUUUAGCUGGAGCAAAAGAUAAUGUUAUGGAUACGAUCAGCCCCUUUGAUUACAUACAAAUAAGAAAUUACAGAUCAAGGAUGGAAGAGGUACCAUUGGCAAUUGGCUAAUUACAGGGUGCUCUUGUUUUUUUCUGCUUUUGUUUGAUUCUUGAAGAGUGGCCUCUACUGUUGUGUCAAUUCUUUACUGCUUCACAUGAUGACAGUUGCCCGAGGUUUGUACACUUCCAUUUCUAUUGUAUGCAUGCAUUGAGCAAACAAUAGCUUGAAUAUGCUAGCUCAAGUUUGUUCUUGUUGGAACAGGUUAGGUGCUAUUGUUGAAGAGUUAAUUGCUGUAUAGCUCUUCUUGAUCAUUUUACAAAAGUUUCUCUUUGGAUCUAUACAAAUAGCUUUUUUCCGUGAGGUAUGGGAGCAUGUUAUAGACCAGAGAGAGCGAGCGAUUCAGAAUUUUGGACAAAUAGAUACAGACGUUGGAGGCUUAAAUAUAGGAUACAGACUUGCUACGA